AAUAAAGAGAAGACAGCGCGAAGGUUUCGAAGAAGUAUUAUUAUCAUGUAUCAUGGUAUAUUACUACUAUUUUGCGUUCAUUUGUUUCACCUUAAAGAAAGGUGUAUGAAAUAAUAGAAUAAAGAAGCAGAGAAUAAGAGAGAAAGGCAAGUGGAAGUUGAGUUGAGUUGAAUUAAUUUGAGAGUUUGGCGAAGUGGAGACAGGAGUGUGUUAGUAGGCAUUAGCCUGGUUCAUUAAACAAAACAUGGACGCCGUAGAAAUAAGUACGUCGAAUCCGCCGCAAAAUGAACAAGUAAUUGUGUCUGCUGUGGAGAUAUGUCGUAUAUGCCUUCAUGGUAAUCUGGCGAUGCGAGACCUCUUUCUGGGAAAUGAGAUCGCCUCUUUAUCGGCCAAAGCGAUGAGUUUCGCAAACGUUAAGAUGUUACCUGGUGAUGGAUUACCUCCUCACAUUUGUAAUGAAUGCACGGACAAAUUAGAAUCUGCAUAUGAAUUUAAACUUCAAGUUGAACAAGCAGACAAUGUAUUAAGAGAAAAGUUUGAUGGCAUUAAAGAAGAAUUAUUCUUUAACGAAGUUGAAGUACAUUUGGAGGUAGAUAGAAGCGAUGCUAUCAAUGAUAUUCAUUUGGAAUCUCAUUACCAACAUGAAAAUGAAGGAUUGACCGAGGAAUCAGAAAAUGAGAAAUCUCUGUUGAAAGAACAAUUGGCAUUGUUACAUGUUGAAAAAUUGGUAGAACGAGAACAAUUAAGAGAAGAAGAAAAUAAUUCACAAAUAUUGGAACAACAAAAUAUGAUAAACAGCUCCCAUAGCGAAGAGAAAUUCUCAAAUGAAAUAGACGAAGAUACAUGUACAUUGGUAGAUAAUGCAGACAAUCAAGGAGUAUUAAAAUCAGACUGCAUUAAUGAAAACUGUACAGAUGCAAUUCCUGCUGAAGAACAUGAUUACAUUAUGCAGCAAGAUUAUGUUAUGAACGAACAGUUUACUUCUACAGAAUCUAAAACAUUUUCUAAGGAAAAUACAACACAAUGCAAUGAAUCGCUUAUGGAAUCAAAUAUACUUGAAACUUGUAAAAUAGAAACGGAACAUAUACCGCUUACAAAUAAUGACACCCUUGUUGAAAAAGACGUAUCUACGACUGAAAUUAGAAAAAGUAAACGAAGAUCAUCGCGACGAAAUUUUACGAGCGACAGAGAUUCUGACGAAGAAAAUUAUUUUGAAAAUUUGAAUCUUAGUUCUCGUCUUAAAAAAGCUCAAGCUGAUAAAUCAGAAAAAGUUUAUUUCAUGUGUUAUCUUUGUGAUAAACAAUUUCUUUCUAAGAACGUAUUGAAGGAACAUAUGCAUUCACAUGAAGAAAUUAGGCGAGCUUUGUCUCUUAAAAAAGUGCCUGAAAAAUCACCUAAAGUAUCUAAUACUUCUCCAAAGAUGCCACCGUCUGGUAAAAGGCCUAACAAAUGUUCGUAUUGUGGUAAAGAAUAUUUAUAUAUAAUUUCAUUUAACAAACAUCUUAAACGACAUGAAAAAGAAAAAGAAAACGCUAAAGAUGAUUCCAUGCCUCUAGAAAUAUCAUUUCACGAAGACGAAAAUAGUUUAGGUUUUGAUAACCACAGUAAUUCGCAACAUUCAGAUUAUGAGUGCAGAAAAAGGACAAAAGGAGAGGAGGAAUCAUAUAAUGAAAAUGAAGAAGAUGAUCAAGAAACAGAUAAACAUAGAAAGAAAUCUCAUUUGGAAAUAUUUGAAUGUAACAAAUGUUCAGAGAAAUUUUAUACUAGACGAAGCUUAAGAAAGCAUACACUUUCACACGUUAAUUUAAAAUGUAAUAUUUGUAAUGAAAAGUUUGAUGAACUUGAGCAAUUAAAAAAUCAUCGUGCUAAACAUGUAGUGGAAGGUAUGUUAAUGGAUCAGGAUUUAGAAGACAAUAUAGAGCAUCAUGUAAUUAACAAAGAAGAUGAAGAAGAGGAUAAAGGAGACAAUGAAGACGAUUCGGAAGUUGAAAAUAAUAUAGAAGAUGCUCAAGAAAAAGAAAUGAAAGAAUCUAAAUGUCAACAUUGUACAUCAACGUGUUCUCACAAGAAAUCUCUUUCGAGGCAUACUGAUAUGCAAACAGUUUCAAAAUACAACUGUAAAAUAUGUUGUCAACAGUUUACGAGAAAGGAUCACUUACGAAGACACAUGGAACAACAUGGAAGAAUAAAGACUUAUAAAUGUACGCAAUGUAAUAAAACAUUUGGAAAUGAAUUGACUUUACGUAAUCAUCUGAUAGCAACUAACCAUAAGACUUUUGUUCAUGGGCAAGAAUAUGAUCCUAAUAAACGUAUAAAACGAGUGGCAGCUAAAGCAGCGCAAAAGAUUAUUGAUAAAAUAAAAACAGAAGAUGGUUUGGAAGAUUAUGACGAAGAUGAUAAUAAUGAUUUAAUUGAUGUCCAUCAUAAUCGUAAGAAUGAAAAUUCUUUAAAGAAAGCUAAUAAUAGAAAAGAAUUAGAAUGUGCCACCUGUAAUAAAAAGUGCAGCUCAAAACAUAUGCUGACAAAGCAUAUGGAGCAACACGUAAAAGAUGAAAAAGCAGAUAAAAUGGAUAAAUUAGACAGAUUUAAAAAGCCACAGGAGAAAAAAGAACAACAAAGGAUAGGAGGUGGUAUGGAAUUAAGAAAGGACGAAGACGAUGACGAUGAUAAUUCUGACUUCGAAAGUGGUUUGGAUUGGUUAAUGGAUAAUCACGAAUGCGCAACAUGUAAAAAAAGAUAUAGUACGAAAAAAUCUUUGUUACGACAUCAAUUACUUCAUGAAGAACCAAACUUUGAAUGUGAUAUAUGUAAUGUGAAAUUUUAUCGUAAGGAUAAAUUGAAAGCUCAUUAUGAUAAAUGCUCAGAAAAGAAUCCUGAUCAGGUAAGAAAGUGCAAUAUUUGUGGUGACAGUUUUGAAAAUAAUGAAAUACUUAGACAACAUAGAGCUAAACAUGUAACGGAAGGAAUUUUAACGGAAGAAGAUCUGAGAGAAAUUGAACCAUGCCCUGAAGAAAGAAAGCAGGGAGAGAAAAUCAUUCGGAAAAGAAGGACAGAUAUAGUGGGCCUUGAAUGUACCGAAUGUAACAAGCAUUAUACUUCUAGAAAAGGUUUAUUACGUCAUAUACAAGUACACGAAGGUAAAAAAUAUUUGUGUGACAUAUGUCCAAAGAAAUUCUAUAGAAGAGAACAUUUAAAAAUUCAUGUGGCUAAGCAUAAUAUGAUCAAACCAUAUAAAUGUACAAGAUGCACAAAACGAUUUAUUAAAGAGGAACAACUUACCAAUCAUUUAUCAAAACACGAUAGACCAUUUAAGAAAAACAAAGAAACGGAUAGCUCCAAAAGAUUUUUAUGUGAAAUAUGCUCUAAGAGUUUCACGCAAUCGACUACUUUAAUAGCACAUUUGAGAGCUCACAAUGGUAUAAAGCCAUAUGUUUGUGAAGUAUGUUCUAGACCUUUUACCACAAAUGCAUACCUAAAAAUGCAUAUGAGGACACAUACACAAGAAAGACCAUAUAUCUGUCAGUAUUGUUCUAGAGCAUUUGCCCGAGCUGAUACUCUUGCUAAUCACUUGACAUCGCAUACUGGUGAAGCAAAGUAUCAUUGCAAGUAUUGUCCCAAGAAUUUCCGUCGAUUGAAAUCAUUAAAAGAACAUGUUUUUAUUCAUACAGGUCAAAGGCCUUAUGCUUGUCCUACGUGUGAUCGUAGAUUUAAUAACAAUGGUAGUCGUUAUGCGCAUAGCAAACGAUGUAAGCAAAACUUUUUGCAAAAUCAGAAUCGUAUUCAAACACUUACCGAAGUUCAAACACAACAACCAUCGCAGAGAAUACAACAGACUCUUACUCAAACGCAAGUUGUUAAAUCACAAAACAUUAAGACCAUUACUAUUACUAGACAAGCUGAACCAGUAACUACCCAACAAAUAAUGCAACAUCAAGAAAUAGUAAUGCCACUUAUACUUCCGUUCACUGUAACUCUUGCAGAUGUAAGUGACGAAGUAAUAUUACCCGAAGGUACAAAAAUAUUUACAACGUCGUAACAUGUCGAGAGUUUCAGUAAAUUAAAGAUGUAAAAAUUACCAUUAGAAAAAGGUAAAAAAGAACAAUGAUGUAUUGAUACUGUUAGAAUGCAUCAUCUUAAUUUUAUAGCGUGAACGAAAAAAAAGGAUUGAAAAUAUGAGCUCUCAAUGCUCUCUUUGCAUGAUAUUUCUCUUCUUUUCAUUCCUAUUAGAAAGAGCAGUAAAAUAAUUCUGCUAGUUUGAUCUUCUAGCAAAGCUGUUAAUCUCAAAAGAAAGAAAAAGACCAUCUUGUAUACUAUACUUAUUAAAUAAGUAAGCCUUGCAGAUCCCUUUUUAAUGCAUACUUGGUACGGUGAUAUAUGAUUGUAAUUAGAAUUAUGUAUGAUACGUUAUACUAAAGUUUAUUUUUACAAGACGCAAAUGCAAAUUAUAAAACUUGCAUAGUCUGCAGUAUAGGAGAAGUAUACUCUUCUACCGUAU